UUGCAUAUUAAUCCUGUGAAGAGGAAGGGAGGGUGGUGCAUGUCAGCAGAGUGAGUUCUGUCUUCUGCGUGCAGACCAGAGAAUAAAGGCAUCUUUAGAGUUGAAGCCCCUCACCUUUUCACACAGACAGAUGAGAGGAGCAGCUAUGAGUUUAACUGCAGCAGCGACAGGAUUCGUUGCUGUCCUUCUCUCUGUGUCAGUGGUACAGGCUCAGGAUGGCUGGGGAGUGAAUUACACCUCUGCUCACAUCUGUGCUGUAACAGGAUCAACAGUGGAAAUGAGCUGUACCUACACGUAUCCACCCAAAAUAAAUGAUCAACGUACUGAAGUUCAAAAAAGAUUGUGGCUGACUAAAUGGGACAAUGAUGCAGCUGUGGAUCUGCAAACUGACCCAAAGUACGCAGGUCGAGUCAAAUAUGAUUUUAAUGAGAAUAAUUCCACUCUGAGAAUCACAGACCUGAGAGAGUGCGACUCCGCUGAGUACAAGUUCAGAUUUGGAACAAACAAAUCAAGAGAAUUUUAUGAAGGUGCACCUGGAGUCAUUUUGUCUGUCAAAGAUGCUCCAAAGUUUCCCUCUGUGUCAGUGAGUCCCUCUGCUGAGAUAGUGGAGGGCAGCUCAGUGACUCUGACCUGCAGCAGUGAUGCUAACCCAGCAGCUGAAUACACCUGGUACAAGUUUAAUAGUCAUAGAGCCCAAAGUGUGGACCAAAAUCUUGUCUUGAGCUCCAUUCAGCCCUCUGAUUCUGGACAGUAUUACUGCGUCAGUGUCAGCAUGCAGAAAGCAACAUGCUCUGGAUACACAUUUAUUGAUGUGAAAUAUGCUCCAAAGCUUCCCUCUGUGUCAGUGAGUCCCUCUGCUGAGAUAGUGGAGGGCAGCUCAGUGACUCUGACCUGCAGCAGUGAUGCUAACCCAGCAGCUAAUUACACCUGGUACAAGGAGGAUGAAGACUCACCAAAAGCAUCAGGACAGAACUUCACCAUCACUGACAUCAGACCUGAACACAGUGGGAGUUAUUACUGUGUCGCCCAGAACACCAGAGGAUAUCAGAACUCCACCGUAUUGAUUUCUGUUUCAGGAAAUCAUUUACAGUCAGGAGCAGUGAAGAUAACGGCUGCAGGAGCAGCUGCUGCUCGUUUCCUGUCUUUCAUAGUUCUCUCUCUCAUAUUGGUCUCUGUCUUCCUGUGGGUUCGGAAAAGGAGGAAUUCCAAGGAAUCAUCGGUGAAGAUGAUUGAAGACAGAGCAGAUAACAUAGAACAGUUUCUAUCUGGUCAGGAACAGCCAGAGGAGCAGGACGAUGUUCAGUAUGCCAGCGUCCACUUCUCCAAAAACAAGGCACAUCCCGUCGACCUCAGCCCCAGAGACACAUGGAGGAACAGGAAGUUACUGAGUACACUGCUGUUAGAUUUAACAGGGGCAGUACAGCUCAGAGAAGAAAAGAAACUGGAGAGGAUCCGUCUGCAUUGUACUCCACAGUCAAGAAAACCUGAUUAAUAUUAUAAAAUGUUGC